UAAAAUUAUCCUCAACAAAACCCCCCAACAAAACCCUCAUUGCAUUUCCUUCCCUAUUUUUCACUCUCUCUCUCUCUCUCCUCCAAAGUCCAUAACCAUGGCUUCCACCGCAACUCGUUCUCUUCUGUUCUCUCUCCGACCAACCCAUACUCAGUCACUUUCUCUCUCCUCAUUUAGACGCCUCCUCUCCUCUACCCCUUCCAUCACUUUCCCUCCUCCAGUCUCCGCCUUCGCGCGCCCCGCUCGCCCCACCUCCUUCAUCUCUCACUCGGUCCGAGUCGCCUCGGCCGCUUCGACUCGGUUUGGUUCCAUUCGUUGCCGGGUCAACCGGUCCGGACCUUACUCGCCCCUAAACAACUCUUCCGGGUCUAACUUUAGCGACCGGCCUCCCUCGGAAAUCGCGCCUUUGUUUCCCGGGUGCGACUACGAGCAUUGGUUGAUUGUUAUGGAUAAGCCUGGUGGUGAAGGCGCUAACAAGCAGCAGAUGAUUGAUUGUUAUAUUCAAACCCUCGCUAAGGUUCUUGGAAGUGAAGAAGAAGCAACGAAGAAAAUUUACAAUGUUUCUUGUGAGAGGUACUUUGGGUUUGGUUGUGAAGUUGAUGAAGAAACUGCCAAUAAAAUGGAAGGUCUGCCUGGGGUCUUAUUUGUGCUUCCUGAUUCUUAUGUUGAUGCUGAGAACAAAGAUUAUGGAGCGGAGCUCUUUGUCAAUGGUGAAAUUGUCCAGAGGUCUCCAGAAAGGCAAAGGAGAGUGGAACCAGUGCCUCAAAGGAAUCAAGACAGACCUAGAUAUAAUGAUAGGACUCGGUAUCAAAGGAGGAGGGAAAAUAUGAGGUGAAGAAAAUAAAAUUUUGCUGUCUAGUUAACUGAAUUGUGAACUGAAGAAGACUUGUGCUGGCUAAUAACCGGGUUGUAUUCAAGUUAUGUGUUUGACAAGGUUAUGUAUGCUUGCAAUCUAUCUGUAAUUGCGGUGCUGAGCUAGGUUCAUUAUAGUCUCUUUAAUUGCAGUAUUGUGCCUAUGCUCAUAAGUAGUGUUCUUUAUGGCUCUCCGCUUGGGACCUCUACUUGGUGUGGAAUUCAGACUUAUCUUUUACUGCUUAGCUUACAAUUGUUAAGGACUUCUGUAUAAAGUAUUUUCCAGGCUAUUAGUUACAAUAUUAUUAUUAUUAUUAUUAUUAUUAUUAUUA